AAAAUCUUUAAUUAUUAAUGGAUAUCGAUCGACACAUAUCAUCACUUCUUACGGGAGGAUGUCUUCCAGAAAGAGAUCUCAAACUGGUCUGCGAACGAGCCAAGGAGAUCUUCCUUGAGGAAUCAAAUGUUUAGCCUGUCAGAGCACCAGUCAAUGUGUGUGGUGACAUUCAUGGUAAGGAAUACAUUAAUAUAUGCAAGGUUAAUUUUACGACUUGCAAGCUUUGAUUAAAGAAGGUGGUGAUAUUCCUGAACAUAACUACAUCUUCAUUGGAGACUUCGUUGACAGAGGAUACAAUAGUGUUGAAACUAUGGAGUAUCUACUAUGUCUUAAAGGUAAUUGCACAUUGCAUUGAUGAUUAGUCAAGUAUCCAGGAAACAUAGUGCUAUUAAGAGGAAAUCAUGAAUCGAGACAAUGCACUUAGGUUUAUGGAUUCUAUGAAGAGAUCUUGAGAAAGUAUGGAAAUAGCAGUCCAUGGAGAUUGUUUAUGGAUGUUUUUGAUUGUUUGCCCUUGGCUGCGUUGAUAGAAGGCUAAAUAUUGUGUGUUCAUGGAGGUUUGUCUCCAGAUAUGAGAACAGUUGAUCAAAUAAGAACAAUAGAUAGAAAAGUAAAACAACAUUUGAAUUUUAGGUUGAAAUCCCACAUGAGGGUCCAUUCUGUGACUUGAUGUGGUCAGAUCCAGAAGAAGUUGAAUACUGGGCUGUGAAUUCAAGAGGAGCAGGAUAUUUAUUUGGAGCCUAAGUGACAAAGGAGUUUUGCAGAUUGAAUGAUCUGAGUUUAAUUUGCAGAGCCCAUUAAUUGGUGAUGGAAGGAUACAAAUAUUGGUUCCCUGUAAUCAUUACAAUUAAUUUAGGAUUAAAAUUUGGUUACAGUGUGGUCAGCCCCAAAUUAUUGUUAUAGAUGUGGAAACAUUGCUUCCAUUCUUUGUUUGGACAAUUAAUUGUAAUCUAAUUGGAAAACAUUCAGAGAGGUACCAGAAAGCGGUAAAAGCAUUAAUCCAAAGAAUGUUCUUCCUUAUUUCUUAUGAAAUAUUGUAUUUAAAUAAAUGCAUAUAUAAUUUUGAGUCAAC